CGUCUUCCUCUAACCUCUAAAACCCUAAAUCAUUUUCCCUCCACCAUGUCUCUCAGUCACCUCCUCCGCCGUCUCUGUACAACCACCACCACUACCCGUAGCCCUCUUUCGAUCUCCUUCCUCCACCAACGCAUCCACAACAUCUCACUUUCCCCGGCAAAUGAAGAUCCGGAGACGACCACUGGUAAUAAUCAGGAUUCAGAGAAAAACCCAAACCCUAAUCCAAUUCCAAUUGAUCCUUCCCAAUUCCAGAUUCCUCAGAAUCACACCCCUCCAAUUCCCUAUCCACCGAUCCCGCAUCGUACCAUGGCCUUCUCUUCAGCCGAAGAAGCCGCUGCUGAGCGCCGCCGCCGUAAACGUCGUCUCCGAAUUGAACCUCCUCUCCACGCUCUCAGACGCGAUCCUUCAGCUCCUCCUCCUAAACGUGAUCCCAACGCGCCACGGCUUCCGGAUUCAACUUCCGCACUCGUCGGCCAAAGGCUUAACCUUCACAACAGAGUCCAGUCACUGAUCAGAGCUUCAGAUCUUGACGCUGCGUCACGGCUUGCUCGCCAGUCUGUGUUUUCCAAUACUCGACCUACUGUGUUCACCUGUAACGCCAUUAUCGCCGCUAUGUACCGGGCCAAGCGUUACAGUGAAUCGAUUUCUCUGUUUCAAUAUUUCUUUAAGCAGUAUAACAUCGUCCCCAAUGUAGUCUCAUACAAUCAGAUCAUCAACGCUCAUUGUGAUGAAGGGCAUGUGGACGAAGCCCUUGAAGUGUACCGACACAUCUUGGCUAAUGCUCCUUUUGCUCCAUCAUCAGUUACUUAUAGACAUUUGACCAAAGGUUUGGUUCAAGCUGGAAGGAUCGGAGAUGCUGCGAGUUUACUAAGGGAGAUGCUGAGCAAAGGUCAAGCUGCGGAUUCGACAGUGUACAACAAUCUGAUUAGGGGAUAUUUGGACCUUGGUGAUUUCGAUAAGGCUAUUGAGUUCUUUGAUGAGUUGAAGUCUAAGUGUACUGUUUAUGAUGGGAUUGUGAAUGCGACGUUUAUGGAGUACUGGUUCGAGAAAGGGAAUGAUAAGGAAGCUAUGGAGUCUUACAGGUCUUUGUUAGAUAAGAAAUUCAGAAUGCAUCCUCCGACUGGUAAUGUACUUUUGGAAGUUUUUCUCAAGUAUGGUAAGAAGGAUGAAGCUUGGGCUUUGUUUAAUGAGAUGUUGGAUAAUCACACUCCUCCGAAUAUCCUUUCGGUGAAUUCGGAUACGGUUAGUAUAAUGGUCAAUGAAUGUUUCAAGAUGGGAGAGUUUAGUGAAGCGAUUAAUACAUUCAAGAAGGUCGGAAGUAAGGUCACCUCCAAACCGUUUGUGAUGGAUUAUUUAGGUUACUGUAACAUAGUAACAAGGUUCUGUGAACAAGGGAUGUUAACAGAGGCUGAAAGGUUCUUUGCUGAAGGUGUAUCCAAAUCUUUGCCUGCUGAUGCUCCAAGCCAUAGAGCAAUGAUCGAUGCUUAUCUCAAGGCAGAGAGAAUCGACGAUGCUCUCAAGAUGUUGGACAGGAUGGUGGAUGUGAAUCUACGGGUGGUUGCUGAUUUUGGUACGAGAGUCUUUGGCGAGCUGAUUAAGAAUGGUAAGCUCACGGAAUCUGCAGAAGUUUUGACUAAGAUGGGAGAGAGGGAACCAAAACCAGAUCCUUCGAUUUAUGAUGUGGUGGUUAGAGGUCUUUGUGAUGGUGAUGCACUUGACCAAGCCAAGGACAUUAUUGGUGAGAUGAUUAGACAUAAUGUUGGGGUUACUACUGUGCUGCGGGAAUUCAUCAUUGAGGUUUUUGAAAAGACAGGGCGUCGUGAGGAGAUUGAGAAAAUUUUGAACUCGGUUGCUCGGCCGGUUAGAAACCUUGGGCAGUCUGGUAACACUUCACCUAGUGUACCCGCAGUGUUUGGAACUACACCUGCAGCUCCUCAGCAGUCUAGAGACAGGGCCCCAUGGACGAGCCAAGGGGCGGGGCUUCCCAAUUUAGGUUGGGCCAAUGGAACUGCAGGUCAAACAGUAGGAGGAACUUACAAGGCUAAUAAUGGCCAAAAUCCCUCUUGGUCCAACACGUCUGUUAACCAGCAGCAGCAAUCGUGGUCGAAUCAGACAGCAGGGCAACAGCCACAAUCAUGGUCGAGUCAGGCACCAGGAUAUCAACAGCAGCAAUCCGGGUGGUCAAGUCCUUCAGGUCAUCAUCAAUCAUGGGCUAGUCAGACAGCUGGCCAGCAGCAACCAUGGGCUAAUCAGACGCCUGGCCAGCAGCAACAGUGGGCUAAUCAGACGCCUGGCCAGCAGCAACAGUGGGCUAAUCAGACGCCUGGCCAGCAGCAACAGUGGGCUAAUCAGACGCCUGGCCAGCAGCAACAAUGGGCUAAUCAGAACACUGGUCACCAGCAACAAUGGGCUAAUCAGAACACUGGUCACCAGCAACCGUGGGCUAAUCAGACUCCUAGCCAGCAGCAACCAUGGGCUAAUCAGACAUCCGGCCAGCAGCAAGGUUGGGGUAAUCAGACAACUGGCCAGCAGCAACGGUGGGCUAAUCAGACAGCUGGCCAGCAGUCAGCGUGGACAGGGCAGCAGCAACAGUGGUCUAACCAGACAACUAGCCAUCAGCAGUCACAGUGGUCAAAUCCCACGCCAGAAGAGGUGGCUAAUCAGACACCGAGGUCAAACUCUGUGGACAGUCAUCUUCCUCAACAACAGGAGUCAGGGUCCCUCCAUGAAUGGCAAGACGGAGAAGAAAAAAAGGUAGUGGAGUUGAGGAACUAGUUAGACAAACUCGCUAUUUCUUCUGCACCAUCAUUCUCCUCAUAGUUAAUUUGGCUUUUGCUUUGUGGUUCCCAAUUUUUGCAAACUCUA